UCCAAAACCGGGUACGGGUCGAAGUAAAAGUCGUUAAUAUAGCUAGCUAGGAUCCGAUAAAGACGGUGUCUCUCUCGUUUCCUCGCUGACACUUCUCUAAUCUCUCUUCUUCUUUUUCUUCUUCCUCUUUCAAAAACAAAAGAAAAGAAAAGAAAAAGGAACAAUGGCGGAUCAGCUCACCGACGAUCAGAUCUCCGAGUUCAAGGAAGCCUUCAGCUUAUUCGACAAGGAUGGUGACGGUUGCAUUACCACCAAGGAGCUGGGAACUGUGAUGCGUUCUCUAGGACAGAACCCAACCGAAGCAGAGCUUCAAGACAUGAUUAAUGAAGUUGACGCUGAUGGUAACGGCACCAUUGAUUUCCCCGAGUUCUUGAACCUCAUGGCUCGCAAGAUGAAGGACACCGACUCCGAGGAAGAGCUCAAGGAGGCGUUCCGGGUGUUUGACAAGGACCAGAACGGUUUCAUCUCAGCUGCUGAGCUUCGCCAUGUGAUGACAAACUUAGGUGAGAAGCUCACUGACGAAGAGGUUGAUGAGAUGAUCAAGGAAGCUGAUGUUGAUGGUGAUGGCCAGAUUAACUAUGAGGAGUUUGUCAAGGUCAUGAUGGCUAAGUGAUUAAGGUUUUGGACCCAAAAAAUGAAGUGUCCAAAACUUGGUUUGCUGCUGCCUCUAUUCUUAUAUUACUGUUAUGUUUUAAAAUUCUUAUUCAUGGGACUCAUGUCUGCUUCCUUGUAUGCUCUACAUUUGAAGUCUGAACAUUUUAAGUCGUUGCUUGGUUUUUUUCUCAUUGAUCUUUUGUCAGUUGUAACUUGGUCUAGUUUCGGUGGUUUCUUAUGAUGGUCUCUAGUAAAUGCAUUGUAUCAUGGUUUUGUUAAAUGCAGUUCUCCAUUAAAGUGGUC